UAACCCUCUUUGUACGAAACGGCUUUUACAGCAACAUUGUCUUGAACAACCCGAGGAAGAGGAACGCCCUGUCCCUCUCCAUGCUGCAGUCCCUCAGGGAGGACCUGCUGCACGACGCCAAAAGCAAAGACCUCCGAGUUAUCAUCAUUUCAGCUGAAGGACCUGUAUUUUGUUCUGGCCAUGAUUUAAAGGAACUGUCAAGUGAAGAUGAUGUGAAGCAUCAUUCCCAAGUAUUUGAAAUAUGUGCGGAGGUUAUGACUUUAAUCCAGAAACUUCCAGUACCAGUGAUUGCCAAAGUAAAUGGCUUGGCUACAGCAGCAGGCUGUCAGCUUGUGGCAAGCUGUGACAUUGCAGUGGCAAGCGAGAAAUCUCAAUUUGCUACUCCUGGAGUAAACAUUGGACUGUUUUGCUCCACACCAGCUGUGGCCUUGGGCAGAUCUCUUCCAAGAAAGGUGGCAUUAGAGAUGCUUUUCACGGGUGAACCUCUUUCUGCCCAAGAAGCAUUAAUGCACGGGCUUGUCAGCAAGGUGGUACCAGAAGACAAGCUGGAAGAAGAGACCAUGAAAAUCUCUCACAAGAUAUGCGAAAGCAGCAAAUCCAUCCUGGCAUUGGGGAAAGCCACCUUUUACAGACAGAUGUCACAGGACCUCGAUACUGCUUACAGAAUGACUACUCAGGUCAUGGUAGACAAUUUGACUUUGAGAGAUGGGCAGGAAGGUAUUGAAGCUUUUAUUCAGAAACGUAAGCCUGUCUGGUCACACUCUCAGGAUGAGAAGAAAUGAAUCUUGCUUCUAAGCUAACCUUAGCUAUGCUUCAUGAUUCGUCACACAGUUGCCUUUGGGAACUAUUUUUGUCCUUACUGAAAGUUAAGUUUCUCUUCUUACAUAUGCCAAAGACACAAUAAAUUUAUCCUAAGUAUAUAAUAAAUAUUAAGACAUAUCAAAACAAUUUUUUUUC